CUCCUGCAGCUUUCAGUCCAACUGAGAAGCGGCAGAUUGACGUCAAUGUCCAUAAGCAUGUGAUUCUAGAUGAUAUACAGAAACUCAGACUGGAGAUCGAAAACAUGAUGACAGAAAUUCAAACAAUGGAGGCUGAUGAUGAGAAGUGAGUAUUCACCGCUAUCAUUCAUGUCUUAGUUGCCAUGGCAACAAGGACAGGAAUUGAUAAACCUGAUGCUCGGACAUUUCAUGAACUAGUUUCCCAGUUCCUACAUAAUUUGCUGUGUCAUUUCUUUCUGUACCUCAAAUGGCAGUGUUUAAUCAUUGUGGUUAUUUUCAUAUCAACUUUUGAAAAUGAUCACAUCAGCAAUACAUCACUUGGGUUGGUUUGCAUCACUGCUUAGAAUACACAGGAGUCAAAGUUGCAGAGACAAAAAGGAAAGAACAUAUUGGGGUAUCUGUGAUUAAUUCACCUGCUUCUACAUAGUAAUCGGAAUCCAUGCACACCAAUAUGAACCUGUAGCAUCAGGAAAAGGUGCUUUCAAUCUUUUAGUCUGGGAAUGCAUCCUUGUGUGUGCAUGUGAGACAUUUUGUAUAUGCAACUGCAUCUGCUUUAUGUUCCUUGAAUUGAGUUUGACCAUGAAUACAAAGUUAAAGAUUGGAGUUUCUGUGUAUGUGCACAUCGCAGCACAUCGAUGGUGUGUGUGUGUGGGCUUGUAUCUGUUUCCUGUUUCUUAGAAUCAAUUUUACGAGAAGAGGUUUGGCCCUAUAUGUGACAAUGCUAAUUCGACAUGCGAACAUGCUAGCUACAGAAAACUAUAAACGAGCAAAAAUAUUAUGAAGAACAAGAGACUCCAGUGUGGAAAAAAGAAAUUUAACAUGGACCCAAAGAAGGGUAUCCAGUACCUAGUAGAUAAUGACCUGUUGGAGUGGAAACCAGAGACUGUGGCAGAGUUCCUCUACAAAGAGGAAGGCCUCAACAAAACAGCUAUUGGCGACUUUUUAGGAGAAAGGGAGGAGAUCCACCUACAGAUCCUGCAAGCUUUUGUUGAACUUCAUGAGUUCUCAAACCUUAAUCUGGUUCAGGCUCUGAGGCAGUUCCUGUGGAGUUUCCGUCUGCCUGGUGAGGCUCAGAAGAUCGACCGUAUGAUGGAGGCUUUUGCUUUGCACUACUGCACCUGUAACUCUGGCGUUUUUCAGUCGACAGACACCUGUUACAUCCUUUCCUUUGCUGUCAUCAUGCUCAACACAAGCUUGCACAACCCCAACGUGAAAGACAAGACCACACUAGAACGCUUCAUCAACAUGAACAAAGGAAUCAACAAUGGGGGAGACCUUCCCAAUGAACUCCUUAAGAAACUUUAUGAGAGUAUUAAGAAUGAACCAUUUAAGAUCCCAGAAGAUGAUGGCAAUGAUCUCACUCACACUUUCUUCAAUCCUGAUCGAGAGGGCUGGCUUCUAAAAGAGGGUGGCAGAAUAAAGACCUGGAAGCGAAGAUGGUUCAUUUUGACUGACAGCUGUCUCUACUAUUUCCAGUACACCACUGACCAAGAGCCCAAAGGAAUCAUCCCUCUAGAGAACUUAAGUGUUAGAGAGGUGGAGAACACACAGAAACAGUUCUGUUUAGAGUUGUUUAGCCCUCAUCGUAAAGGGGAGACAAUAAAAGCAUGUAAAACAGAGACAGAUGGGAAAGUUGUGAUGGGGAAACACCAAUCCUACAGGCUCAGUGCUGCUUCUGCUGAGGAACAAGCAGAAUGGAUCCAAGCCAUCAGAGCCUGCAUCACAAAAGACCCAUUUUAUGACCUGGUAUCGGCACGCAAGAAGAAGGUCAUAAACCACAUUGAACACCAUGAGUGAGGCAGACUUAAAGGACUGGCAGAUUGAUGAAAGGUUGAAGUAAGGAGGUCUGAUCAUAUUAGGGAAGGGGGUGGAUUGUGGUCAGGAGUUCUGUGUGAAGCUAUUUUCAUAUUUAUUCUAACUUCCAAGAAAUGUUACAGUAAAAAUUGAAAGUGUAAGUGACCCUUGGAAAUAUUUCAAUUUCCUUCUAUUAUUUGUAAUAUAUUGUGAAUUAACCUUAAUUGUUUCUCUGCACGUGCUGAGAAAAAGUGUGUAAAAUAGUUUAUAUCGUUUCUGGUAACUGUAUAAAUGUUCUUUUCCUGUGUAAGUGAGAGAUUAAAACACAAAGUUUAAUUGUAGUAUCUAUGAACAACCUUUCAAUUAAGCUAAUUUUCUAAACAUUUACUAAGCUGUUUGUCUUUUGAUGGAUCAUUUGGCCUGUUUUUUUUUUUCUUUUUUCAAUUUGACAAUUAAAAUACGCAAUAUUUUCUAAUUCUACGAUUAAUCAAAAAAGAAAAAAAAAAGAAAAAAAAUAUUGUGUUUAUCUUGUAAAUAUUUUAGAAUUCUGAUGCCAAUGACUGAUGCAUUAAUGUUUAUCAGGUGGAAAUUGUCCAUAUUUUGUACAUAAUAAAUGGUUUAUUUAA